AUGAAUCUGAAAGAGGUCCAAACACACAGUGAGCACUUUGCUAUUAUAAUCUCUACCAUCUUCAACUUUCUUUUGCUUGUGCUCACAAUUACUGAGAAGAAUCGGACGGUGGCCUCUUAUCGCAACCUAAUCCUGCUCAAUAUUACAACGGAGACGCUGUUUACAUUGUUCAUCGCGGUUUCGCAGCCGGUAAGUGUUGAACUUUAUCUUUGUUUUUCCGUGGCCAUACGUUAGAUUUAUAUGUGCCCAAUAGCAGCGCGACACAUCAUAAAUACGCCCCUACCCGAAAGGGUCGUAGGUACCACUGAUAAGAUUUAGUUACUUGAUUUGAGAGUCAAGGAGGGAGGAGGUUCGGGAAAACCGAGGCGCCCCUCCGUCUGGAGUAGGCCUAGCAAUUGUCUUAUUAUAUUUUACUGUUUCCCCUAUGUCUUAUUGUACCUUGUAAUUUAUAAUCGACCCUUUCUAGGCAUCAUUAUUAUUAUAAGCAUCUCUUUAAGAAGUUCUUGAGUAAUCAAUAAACUUGUAAUGAAUAACUUGUGGCAUGCCUUAAAAGGGCAAGCAGUAAAAUAACUUUAGGUGGCCAGAAGAAACCCAAAAAUUUUGGGUUCCCAAUUUCCGUUGACUUCUUACUUUAUGUAUUAAUAACGAAAAAAACUGGCCGAAAUCCGUCCGUUUCCCAUGCAUAAAAAUCAGGCCUUUCGUAUCAAAACAAAUUUGAAAGGCCAAAAAAAGGGAAAGAAAGACGGCCCCCCGGCUUGGCCAAAUCGCAAAAACAACGAAAUAAAAAAGGCAAGAGAAGGGAUCAAAAAUUUUUCUUAUAAGCAUACCCCAACUCCAGAAAUUUAGAAUGUCAACAAGAAUUGGUCACUUUAAUAAAAUUUGACUUUCGUUUUCAGACUCUCCAGUUCCUCGAUGGAAAUUACAUUGCCAUUUCGAGUGGGCCAUUCAGACAUUUAUCGUAUAAAUUUCAUUGUUACAUGAUUGGCGCGUACAUCUUGGGCCUUGGCAUGAGCUUCAUUACCUUGCCCGUUGACUUCGUUUAUCGAUACCUCAUUGUUUGUCGGUAAGAGUUAAAAAAUACGAGAUUUGAGGAAAGUUUUUUCAACAGCAAAGCAGGAUUUCACUAAAAAAAUUUAAGGAGAAAGUACUUUAUGUGCGACGGUCACACUCAGAUUUUUAUGAAACCUGGUUCGAAUUAAUACAGUGAUGGACCUGGUCCAGUGGCAAAAAACGUACUAUUAUGCAUCCGGGAAGUAUCAAAAAAUGUGGCAAAAUGCCUCCCAUUCCAGUAAAAAAAGUUUUUUUUUUCACUUGGAUAGGGAAGUAUUUUGCUACAUUUUUCGUACUUCCCGGAUACAAAAUACAAAAUGGUACGUUUUUUGCCACUAGGUUCGCCACUAUAGAUAGAUUUUAAUAGGACAUAUGUGAGCGCUAAAACAACAGAUUUUUAAUUUUAGGCCAAAACUUGAAUUCAUUUUUGAACGUGUUCUUUGAAAAAGAAGACAUUUUUAGUCGGACUCAAGUCAAGGUCUCUCAUCUUCUCGGCUUUACAUUUAUGGCGUACGUCUACUCCAUCUGGGACGCUUACUGGAUCACUCUGUCCUUUCUUGAAACCCCAAACGCCUCUGAGCAGUACGGCCAUUUAUUGAUGGAUCCGAUGUGGUUCGAAGACGGAAAGCAAAUGACUUUUGUGGCGUCUUCAUUUGUAAGAAAUUGCAACGUUUUCAUUCAUUAUUAAAUGAACAUGUUUUACAGGACUCUACUCCCCUUCGGAUGUUCAUUUUUUCGGCCACAACGGUUAUCACUUUAGUUUAUAUCUCCGUUUUUAUGUUCAGCAAACAUGUGUUCCGGGAGUUGGGCCAAAGAAAGCAUUUGAUGUCGAAGAAAACGAUCGAAAUGCAGCAAGGAAUGAAUCGGAUGUUGAUUGCGCAGGUAAUACACUGAAAGAAAAAACAUCAAAUUCAAAUUCAUCAAAAUAAAACAUCACGCAUUUAUCAUGUCGACGACAUCAAAAGCAGGAGAUUUUGAUGUUUUCAUCAAAAAAUUUUUUUUGAUGUUUGGGUUUAUCAAAUUGCAAUUCGCAAAUUGAACUGCAAAAAGAAAGAUACAAGAAAUCGGUCGGAUUUCUCUUCAUAAAUUUUGCUAUUUUUUGUAAACGAUCGUGAUUGUCAGGUAAGGUAAGCGAAUUUUGUUGUUGUUUUCUUUUAUGUUUAGAUCAGUAAAUGAAAGGUUAUGUAACUUCGUUUGCAAGGUCUUUGGAUUUAAAUUUUAUCGAAUUUCCUUCAUUUUCAGGCCUUUCUUUAUAUUGCACUUGACUUCAGAGCGAAUCCCGUUCUGGGUGUGUUGUUUUCCCGCAAAAUGAAUAUGCCCCAUCACACAGCAACAUUAUCAAUUGGGUAAUGGAAGUUGGCACCAUCAAGACCUAUCCGCUUUACCGCAAAGUCUGCCCGGACGUGAAGGAUUACCUGGACUUGCGCUCCGCCGAACUCGAAGAAGAGUUACAUCUAUAA